AUGCUGCUCCACUAUUGGUUGGACCACAAUGCUUACAUUGUCUACCUGCCCUCUUUCUCCUACCACUACCUCGAUAAGAUACUUCAUACAUAUAUAGGCUAUUUAGCAUAUAACAAUCAGCUUACUCCAACUUGGAAGCAUGUCAGAACUGAUGAAGGAAAUCAAACUGUGUCACCGGCACUGCAGGAUCCACAUGUGUGGAAGAUUCUUAAACAGUACCUGCUCACCAAUAUGACAUAUCCUGAGAUGGACAAUGUAUUGGUUUCAUACCUUGGCGAUCGAUACUCUGCGGGCGACUGGGAGGAAGCCUGA